CUCUUUUACAGGGUACACAAGCAAUGGGUUUGUCAAUGGGAAUCUCAAACGUAACGUCACAUCAGACCUGCAGUGUCAGACAGGUCACCAGCACCAAUGUCCCCAAUCCUUGAAUCUGGAAGAGGAAAUGCUCAUCUGUUGUAUUUCUGAGGAGAGACAACAAACCACAGUGGGGCAGUGACACUCACUUCUGAAGGAGGGUGUUCAAGAGAACUGACUGUGGAAAGAGCUUUGGCCAUUUACACAGCCGCAGAAGGAGGCUGAAACCAAACACGUGUUCCAUGUGUGUGAGGUCUUGAUGAAUGAACCUGGAGACAAAGGGGAAAAUUAAGUCAGUGAGUGACCAAAUCGUUUCUUGCUAAAAGUGAUAUCAGUGUGAAUUCUUUGAAAAGAAACAAUUUCCCAUCCUGCUAGAAACUUGAGCAUCUGCUCUGUGUGUGGAAAGAAGCUGGCUUGUUUAAUCCUCCUGUUGAGACACCAUUGAUCUGGCUCCCUGAGAACACGCCAGCACAUCGUCACUGGAGACGGGACAUUCAACUGCUCCAAGUGUGGGAAACCUGGAUCCACACGGUCACCCACCCGCUGGUACACCAGUGAAUUCACACCAGGGAGAGGCCCUGCUCCUGCUCUGAGUGUGGAAACGGAUUCACUCAGUCGUUCAAUAUGACGGGACGCCAGCAGGUUCACACGAGGGAGAGGCCGUUCACAUGCCGUGAGUGUGGAAAGAGAUUUGCUCAGUCAUCCCACUUGUUGAUACACCAGCGGGUUCACGCUGAGGAUACGGAGUUUGAAUGCUCUGAAUGUGGGAAGAGCUUCUCGUGGUCUUCUAGCCUGAAAGCACAUCAGCGAAUUCACACCGGAGAGAGGUCGUACAAAUGCUCUGAAUGUGGGAAGAGCUUCAAUCUGACAUCUAACCUGAAUAAACAUCAGCGAAUUCACACCGAAGAGCGGCCGUUCAAAUGCUCUGAAUGUGGCAGGGACUUUAUUCAGUCAUCCCACCUGAACAAACACCUGCUACUUCACACUGGGGAGAGGCCAUUUACUUGCUCCGAGUGCGGGAAGAGUUUCACUCGGUCGGACAGCUUGCUAAUGCACAAGCGGAUUCACUCAGGGGAGAGACUGUUUACCUGCACGGGGUGUGGGAAGGAAUACCCUGACUUAUCCAGCCUGAGGAAACACCAGCGAAUCCAUACCGAGGACAGACCAUUUAUCUGUUCUGAGUGUGGAAAAGGAUUCCCCCGGUCAUCAGAACUGCUGAUACACCAGCAAAGUCAUACAGGGGUGAAGGGUGGGAAGGGAUUCACUCGCUUCUUACACUUGAUGAGACACCAGCAAUCGCACAGUGAGGUGAGGCUGAUCUCCUGCUCCAUCUGCGGUGAUAAAUUCACUCAGCCGUCGGACCUGUUUAGACAUCAGCGGGUUCACAGCGGGGAGAUGCCGUACACGUGUUCAGAGUGCGGGAAAGGAUUCACUAAAUCAUUGGGCCUUAAGCUACACCAGCGAGUUCACACCGGGGAGAAGCCAUUUACCUGUUUCGAGUGUGGGAGGGGAUUCGCUCGGUCGACCAACUUGCUAAUACACCAGCGAAUUCAUUUUUCUGCGAGGCCAUUUAUCUGCUCCGAGUGUUGGAAGGGAUACACCCGGGCAUGUUCUCUGCUGAGACACCAGCGGACACACACUGAGACGGAUUAACCAUGCUGUGUGAGGCACCCUGCAAACCCUGUUAGGCUUUAUUUCUAAUACUAUUGGUGACCUCUUUAACUGGACUGAGGUUUAAUAUUCUACUGCUUUGAGCACUGUCUCAGAUCCUAAAUCAGACCACCAGGUGGUGCCGAAUGAUGGCUGCCUCGCCAAUGGUCUGUCUCGUGUUUUUCAUCCUUUGUGUUUUUAAUUAUUUGUAAAAUGUAUGUUUUAGUUUGUCUUUAGUUUUGUAUUAUGUGGGGGGGUGUGGGGAACUGUUAAAUCGCUUUCCUCAACAGAGAUGUGACAUUUUUCAUGUUGUAUCUCUGUCCACACUGCGGCUGAACAUUGUGGAGCUGGCAACCUCUUGCUGGCAAUCGACCUUGGAAGCUCCAACUGCGGGAGCCUGUGGACUUUAACAUUGUGGAGCUCGCGGUCCCUGGUUACGGACCAGCUUCGGGAGCUCCAAGCCACGGGAGCUUUGAUCGCCCUGACGCAGCAGCUUCGAUUGCCCCGACUGUGAAUCGUUCGACUCCUCCGACUGUGGGAGAAAAGGAGGAAAGAGGAUAAGACUUUAUUGCCUUCCAUCACAGUGGGGAAUGUGGAGGAGCUGCUAUGGUGGAUAUUUAUGUCCAUUUUUAUGUAGUUAUGUGACUUGUUGCUUUUUUUGGUAUAACUGAAUGGCAAAGCAAAUUCCUCGUAUGUUGCUAAUUAUUUUUGAAUGGAAUAAAAAUGGGGGAAAUGUA